CCAAGUGCAUCUGGAUCUGGGAUACCAGAAGUAACAGGAUUUUUAAAUGGGACCAAUGUACGACAUAUAUUCAGCCUACAGACUAUGGUUGUUAAGUUUUUAUCAUGUGUUAUGGCUAUAGGUUGUGGAAUGCCUGUUGGUCCAGAAGGUCCCAUGAUUCACCUGGGAGGACUGGUUGGAGCAGGUUUAAGCCAAACUAAAUCUGAAACUUUAAGAAUCAAAAUUCCAAUGUUUGAAAGGUUCCGAAAUUCUGAAGACAAACGUAACUUUAUAUCAGCUGGGGCAGCAGCAGGAGUUGCUUCUGCUUUUGGAGCACCAGUUGGAGGAUUGCUUUUUUCUAUGGAAGAAGUGUCAUCAUUUUGGACUACGACAUUGUCUUGGCAAAUAUUCUUUUGUUGUAUGGUGUCAGCUUUUACAACUGAUUUGUUUAAUUCAGCUUUUCAUGGAUUCAGUUAUAGUGGAGAUUUUGGUCAGUUUAAAACAGAAAGAUACAUUCUCUUUAAUGUGAUUAUUAUUGGUAUAUUAGGUGGACUACUUGGUGCCUUAUUUACUAUCAUGAAUCUUAAAAUAACACGUAGUCGUAAAAAAUUCUUAUCUAAAGUAGCCACACCUGGCAUACAGAAAGCUAUUAGAUUGAUUGAACCUGCUCUUAUUAUGGUAUUGAUGGUUUUUAAUUGUCCAGCAGGUGAAGACUAUCUGGUUAAUAAAACAUCAUAUCAUACCAAUAGAACAUAUAAUGAAUUGGCAUCACUUCUAUAUGGUACAACAGAAACAGCAGUACGUCAUUUAUUUUCGCGUGAAACCCAUUUACAGUUUGGUUAUGCCACGUUGUUUACUGCUUUACCCUAUUUUUUCUGUAUGGUUUGUUGGUCAUCAGGUACUUCUGUAUCUAGUGGUAUACUUGUUCCUAUGUUAUUAAUAGGAAGUUUAUAUGGUCGUAUAAUAGGAUUAGUUAUGGUAUCAUUAUUUGGUGUACAUACUGAUCCUAAUAGUUAUUGGGUUUGGAUGGAUCCUGGUGCCUUCGCUUUGAUUGGUGCUGCUUCAUUUUUUGGUGGUGUUUCUAGACUAACACUUGCUGUAACAGUUAUUAUGAUGGAAUUAACUAAUGAUGUACAAGUUUUAUUACCUGUCAUGGUUGCUGUUAUGGUUGGAAAAUGGAUUGGAGAUUUUUUUACUCAUCCUAUAUUUCAUGCUCAUUUAGAAUUAAAAUGCAUUCCAUUCUUAGAUUCUGAGCCCAGACUUACUGCUGAUGGCAAAAGGUACACCAGUGAUAUUAUGGUAUCACCAGUUAAAACUAUUAAGAUAUGUGAAUCUGUAAGUUCUUUGGCUGAUCUAUUACUUCAUACAACUUAUGGUGGUUUUCCUGUGGUUAAAAAUAAUUCUUAUGGUGAUCAAGUAUUUCAUGGGGUCAUCACUAGUCUGCAAAUGCUGCUGUCCUGGCAAAAUUCUCACUCAUUGUACUGCAUAAUGUUGCCCAUCUUCAAUAGCCUAAUUAGGUGCAGAAAAGAAGAAUGUAAAACUCCAUUCAUUUCUUUCUUCAUUGAAACUAUUAAUAUAUUAAUAUUAUUUUUUAAGGGUCCCUACAUCAAUACCUCAGCGUUUAGCAUUCCAGCAAAUUUUUCCCUCCAGAGAGCCUAUAUUUUAUUUCGAACAAUGGGUUUACGUCACAUGCCAGUUGUCAACAGUGAGAACCAUGUAGUUGGUAUUAUAACUAGAAAAGACUUAAUGGGUUUUAAUCUGAAUGAAAAACUCUCUGAUCUGCUAUAUGAAGAAAUGGAAAUGAACAGUAGGGUAGAAAUGACUUCACCAGCUGAAUCCAGAGCUUAA